AAUUCUUCUUUACACUGACACUGCCAGCGCAUUUUAGCUGAUGUCUUACUGGCAUACGCCUUCCUUGUUUCCUUAAUUAAACCCAGCAAAAUCCUUUAAAGUCAAGUCUUAUUCCUGUUAAAUACAUUGUUUUCUCAACUGGGUUUUUAGGGCUUUUGUUUAUAUAUUUGAUUUUGGGAGAAAAAAGUGAUGGAUCCGUGUCCUUUUGUACGGUUAAGUGUAGGGAAUUUGGCGUUGAAGAUUCCGGUGGCUUCGAAGCCGGAGAGGUCGGUGGUGCACCCUUCGUCGUCGCCGUGUUUCUGUAAAAUUAAGCUUAAGAGUUUCUCGUUACAAACGGCGGUGGUUCCGUGCAUUGCAACGGAGAACACUCAGUUCCCUGACGGAAGCCCACAAGCCCUCGCCGCCAGUUUUCACCUUAGCAAGUCUGAUCUUGAUCGGCUCACGGGAAAGUCCUUGCUGUUUGCCACCUCAAAGAAACCUGAACUCAAAAUCUCGAUCUACACCGGCCGCCGCGGCUCCACCUGUGGUGUGAACUCCGGUCGACUUCUGGGCAAAAUCUCCGUGCCGUUGGAUCUUGCAGGAACGGAGUCUCGGGCUGUACUCUUCCACAACGGAUGGAUUAAUGUGGGUAAAGUGAAAAGUUCUUCGAUUGCUCAGUUUCACUUGAAUGUGAAGUCGGAGCCAGAUCCGAGAUUCGUGUUCCAGUUCGAUAGGGAUCCCGAAUGCAGCCCGCAAGUUUUUCAAAUUCAAGGAAGUAUUCGCCAGCCAGUUUUUACUUGCAAAUUCAGUUUUCGUUCAACUGGCGAGCGCAACCAAAGAUGCAGAUCAUUACCAUCUGAGCUAAGUGGAGCGAGAGGUUGGUUAAGUUCAUUUGGAAGUGGGAGAGAGAGGCCCGGAAAAGAAAGAAAAGGAUGGUCCAUCACAGUCCAUGACCUCUCCGGUUCACCGGUUGCCACUGCAUCCAUGGUUACCCCAUUUGUUGCAUCUCCCGGUUCAGACCGAGUGAGCCGGUCUAAUCCUGGUUCAUGGCUAAUUCUUCGUCUAGGUGACGGUACUUGGAAACCCUGGGGACGUCUGGAAGCUUGGCGUGAACGUGGCUCAACAGAUGGACUUGGUUAUAGAUUUGAAUUGAUCCCUGACUCAGCCCCAGCUGGUACUGGGAUUGUCUUGGCAGAGUCGACACUCAGCUGCAGCAAAGGUGGAAAGUUUGUCAUCGACCUGAAUAACCGUAACCUCAAUAAUGGCAAUGGGAGGUCAACACCGAGCAGUGCCACAUCUCCCGUGUGCAGUCCACGGGGCAGCGGAGAUUAUGGGUAUGGACUCUGGCCCUACUGUAUGUACAGAGGAUUCGUGAUGUCUGCAAGUGUAGAAGGUGAAGGGGCCAGCGGAAAAUGCAGUAGCAAACCCACGGUGGAGAUAAGCGUGCAGCACGUAAACUGUACGGAGGAUGCAGCAGCUUUUGUGGCAUUGUCGGCCGCCAUUGAUCUCAGCAUGGAUGCUUGCAGGCUUUUCUCCCACAAGCUCCGGAAAGAAUUGUGCCCUGCUCAGGAUUUACUCAAGUAAUGCAAGAAUUUGACUUUUUUUGUCAUUUACUUUUUGUUUCAUUGAGUAAAAAAUUUGUGGGUGAUGAUGGAUUUUAGAGUUUAGCUAAUUUUAGUGGUUUACUUGCUAACGAAGAAUGAAUUGGGGGAGCUGUGUAUAGUGGGUAGUACAGGGCACGCUUUGUUUUUAAGUAGGUGUGUGGCUGGCUAGCUUUUAUAACUUUUACGUUGUUCUUUGUUGA